AUGACGAGAGAUCCGACUCUGAUGUCGUCGUGUUCGCGGGAGCUCGUGGGGAUGGCCGAACCCAUUGCUCAAUUAGGGUCGCAUGUGUUUGAAAGCGUCGACGGAUCGUUUGGGGACGCGCACGUCAUCCGAGCAGUGGCGGUCGGCGGCGAAAUUUCUGUCAAGCAAUGCGUGUUGCAAGUGCUGAAAAAGUUGGCGGAAGGGUUCCAGAUCCAUCAUCAUGGCGCUUUCCACGGCGUGGCGACCGGAUGGAUGUCUCUGGCCACGAGCAGCCGUGCUGCCACGUUAUCAGUGGCCCCAAACCAGCAUUCUUCGAUCAACUGGGCCAUUGUUUUUGAGCCAAGGAGGUCAGCUCGCACCGCCAUUUUGGUCAAGACCAUCGUGGACGAUGCGUUUUCAUUGGCCGAGAACGUGUGGGCCAUGCGCAUCGACGCCCUAAGCAUUCUAACUGUCCGGAAUGACCAGCUACGACCCGCGUCCAUCCCCCGCUCUGCUCAAGCCCACAAAGUUGUAGUCCACUCUAGCUCCAAGACGCCAGGACUGGAAUGA